GGUGGAACAAAAUACCCUCGGCCUGCCGAAGGUUUUUCGCAGGUCGCCCCUCUUCACCUCACGGCCUGGCAAAUCAGCCUUUCCGUUUUCCUGCUGUCUUUCCUGCACGCCUGAUCGUCGAUCCUGCACGUUCAUACCGCUACGACAGUGCGCCAAAGUUCAUUUGGGAGACAUUGCGGACCGUCACAAAAGGCAAUGUCUUUGUGGAAGUGGAGCACGCGCAAGCUGCCACCCAAUUGGCGAUUCCUGGAAGAAGUCGACGUCGAAGGAUAGAAUUGUCGCCCUUGGAGGUGUUGUAGGUUCUGCAAGGAUCAAUACUCGCUUUGAAGAUGUGGACGGAGAAAGGCAUCCCCGACGUGAUGCUGUAUGCGGUGACGACCACUGAGCUGUACAAAGCGUGCGAGGGUAUCGCCCAUGUUACACUGCGGGAACGAGCAAAAAGCAUCAAUCAAGAUAGGUUUCACUUCUGCACUGCUACCCAAGGCAUACGAACGGGGAACCUGAUCGCUAACGGCGAUGGGAGUCUGCUCGCAAACAAGAAGUGCCUCGGCUUCAUUUGGAGAGUAGCGCCGGAGGCGGGAUACACCUUUGAGGUUGGCCUCCGGUCCGUCUUCCCACUGACUGUGGCAAGCGCCUGGCAUGCCGCUCGGCACUGCCACCCCCACACUAUCACCACUAUGCAUAUGGGAAUAGGGCCAGAUAAUGUCCUACGCAGUCUUGGACAGGACGCGGUGAAGCUGUAUGGUGACGCAAACAUCUUCAUCGCAAACACCGGUAUCACAAUCCUGGUGGAAGAUCGCGCUCUGCAAUCUCAAGCUUCAUCUAUUAGCUGGCCUCGCAAUUGGGCGGCUGUCCCGCGAUUCAACAUCCUCAAGCAUGCAUACGAUGGGAGUGGCCGGACGACACAUGAGGAGGCCAAGAAGCUGUAUGCAUUACAGCACCGUGUGGUGGGCGCUGCACGAUGGUUCCCUCAAACAGACAGACGUCGUUCAGCUGCAUCCCUCGCCCCUUGCCGGCGGCCCAACGCUACCACGCCUUUGCGCAGAUCGAAACAACGUGUUGUGGAACUCGUUACUUUAUUCUCCUUCACACACACCACUCGUUUUAUGGACAUUCGAUCGGACGGUCUGCACACACCAGCUUUCUAUCUGCAGAGAGGAAAAAGGGGAUACGGUAACCAUAAAAGGAAGCUGUGGUUGAUACAGGUUGUUUAUAACAUCCUCCUCACCUCACUGCAUGGCCUUCGUCAGACACAAGGAACAAUAGCAAGGGCAUUGACAUAUGAGAUCAUACCUUUCGAGGCCUUCCCGCUUUUCCGUGUCCAUGUCCAUGCGCGUGGGUAUGCGCAACAGACGCAGUCGGCGGAAAACCCAGCAUCGGAUUCACCCUUACCCCCACACACCCUCGUCACCACCACCAGGCACCAACAUCUCCCUCACCCCCGGCAACACCGUCCCACUCCCCCCCGCCGUUCUCGCUGCCGCCCCAAUCCGCUCCACCUCCCUCCUCAACGCAGCAUUCUCCCACUUCACAGCCCACACCUCCGCCUCCGCUUCCCUCACCCUUUGGUUUAACUCUGCAUCUUGAUAUUGUUGCUGGAGGAGUUGAGAUUCGAGAAGGGCGAUACGCGAGAGUGCGGAGGCGAGUUGGGACUCCAGAGAGGCUGUGUAG